AUGAGUGGGAUUUUGAAGAGGAAAUUUGAAGAAGUCGAUGGAUCUUCCCCUUGUUCUUCUAUCCAGGAAUCAGAUGAAGACAUAUCCAGUAGUGAAAGUGGGGAUAGUUUUGACAGUGUCAACCCUUCCAGCUCAAGUCAUCUUACACCAUCAUCCAUUCUAAAGCGAGAGAAGAGACUGAGAGCCAAGAAUGUGCGCUUCAACUGUGUCACAGUGUAUUAUUUCACCAGGAGACAAGGCUUCACCAGCGUACCCAGUCAAGGUGGAAGUACUUUGGGGAUGUCCAGCCGUCACAACAGUGUACGUCAGUACACUUUGGGAGAGUUUGCGGUAGAGCAAGACCGGCUGCAUAAGGAAAUGUUGAGAGAUCAUCUUCGAGAAGAAAAACUCAACUCUCUGAAACAGAAGAUAACAAAAAAUGGCACAAUAGAGUCCGAAGAAGCCAACAUUCUCACACUGGAUGAUAUUUCAGAUGAUGACAUUGACUUGGAUAACACAGAAGUAGAUGAAUAUUUCUUUCUACAACCUCUACCAACAAAGAAGCGGCGAGCCUUGUUGCGCGCAUCUGGGGUGAAGAAGAUCGAUGUGGAAGAGAAACAUGAGCUGCGAGCCAUCAGGCUGUCCAGAGAAGACUGUGGCUGUGACUGCAGAAUAUUUUGUGACCCUGAAACUUGCACAUGCAGCCUCGCAGGCAUUAAAUGUCAGGUGGAUCGUAUGUCUUUUCCUUGUGGAUGUUCUAAGGAAGGAUGUAGCAAUACCGCUGGCCGAAUUGAGUUUAAUCCAAUCAGAGUACGGACCCAUUUUUUGCACACAAUCAUGAAGCUUGAACUAGAAAAGAAUAGAGAACAGCAGCUCUCUGCAGCUAAUGGUUGCCCUGCAGAAGUUGGAACUCUUGCCAAUUCAAUGGUCCAGUCGGGCCACCCUAUAGAGUAUUCUGUUGCUGAGAACUUUGAGGUUGAAAGUGAUCCUCAGUCUGCCAUGAUGCACUUUCAGAAUUCUGAUGAGUUGGACUGUAGUGGGGAAGAGGAAGAGGAGGAGGAAGAGGAGGAGGAAGAAGAAGAAGAUGAUGGAAGCAGCUACUGCAGUGAAGCAACUGAUUCCAGCACUCAAAGUUUAGCACCAAGUGAGUCUGAAGAAAACGAUGCUGAGGAGGAUGACGAAGACUGUGACAAAUCAGAUGACUUUAAUGACGCAAUUGUACCCCAUGAUGACAAUCUACCUGUAUCUUCAGUCUUCUGCUAUUCCGAUGCCAAUGCUUUGCAUGAGAACCAUUUAAAAAAUGCUCCAUAUUAUACCAACCCAUCAACCCUGUAUUAUCAAAUAGACAAUAAUAAUUCUGCUGCCACAAAUCCACUCACAGAGGUCUACUCUGAUCGGGACUCACUGAAAAAUGGGGCUACAAAUUUGGUGCCUUACAACAUGAGACCAGAGCAGUUCAAGUAUGUUGACUACUCAAGCCAAUCGGUUGAAGAAUACAACAAUAGUCAUUAUACAACCUCCAGUCCUUCAGUGAUAGUUUGCCGGGCUGCUUCAGAAAACGAUAAUGGGCACUGCAAUCCUUUGUAUGCUGAACAUCGGUCAAGCCUCCCACCAGUAGGGUUCUGCUCCUAUUUAAAAAGUCCUUCUGAAGGAUAUGUAUCAAAUUUAAAUGGUAACGGUCACCAUGUACCGGAACUUAAUGAUAAUGCCAUAACGCUCUCUGAGACAAAUAAACUUCAUGAGGAUUGCAUGAAAUCUCCUGUAGUGGAGACGGUUCCAGUUUAA